ACACAUCCUCCCUCUCCCGUUUCCAACAUAGUAUGUAAAAAUCGGAAAUUCAUUCAGAGUUGUGACAUUCAGGAACAGGUUAUUGUCGGUUUGCAAUGGGAGGAGGACGAGACUACAGAUGUGACCUGCUGCGGAACAUCCAUGAGGGACUUCCCCUGCCUGAAGGGGUGACGGAGUCGGCCUUUGUUGUGGGAGAUUAUUUGUUUUACCAUUAUGGUUGUGACGGCUUUGAUGACAGGGGUUGGGGAUGUGGCUACAGGACUCUGAUGAGUUUGUGCUCAUGGCUAAGAGGACAGAUCAGCAGUGCAAAGUCAAACACAGGGAGCAUAGCACCAGUUCCAUCAAAUCAUCGUGUUCAGGAAAUUCUUACAGAAAUUGGGGAUAAAGAGAAGGAUUUCCUUGGCUCAAAGCAAUGGAUUGGGAGUGUAGAGGUUUGCCUUGUCAUAGAUACUCUCUAUGAUGUCCGUAGCCAAAUAAUACAUGUGAAAUCUGGUAAAGAAUUAUCGGAACAUGUUGAUACCCUGGUGACACAUUUCAAGACUAAAGGAUCUCCAGUCAUGAUGGGGGGAGACACAGAUGUAUCAUCCAAAGGGAUUGUAGGUGUCUGUAAGAGUGCAUCAGAUACGUACCUACUUGUUGUGGACCCUCAUUAUUGGGGUGAAGCAAGGGACGUUGCAUCCCUACAAGCAAGCGAGUGGGCAAAGUGGCAGUCCAUAUCUGAUUUUCAGGCUUCCUCAUUUUAUAAUCUUUGCUUACCUCAGUUUACUGCCAAGUCAUUAGAAAGUUCAUAAAUUAGUGGAAGACCUUCAAAGUCAAGCUGCAAGAUAUACCUAUGUGCUUGGCUUAUUCCCUACACUUGGUAGAGUGGACCACUCAGUGUGUGUAGGAACAAAUUUGGUAAAGAUUAUUACAUGACAACUAUGGUACUGUAAAUUUUUAAGGUGAAAUGAGGCUGAAAGGAGAAUGCUGAUGGGCAAGAUUCUGCCAGUUCAUUUUAAACCAUUGACUGCCUUCAAUAUGAUUAUACCAGCAUUCCUUCAAUCAUCAGUUAGAAAGAGAAAAAUUAUUUAUAGUGAUUUUUCUAUUGAUUU